CUCGUUCGCUGAUCGUGGACCUGCGAGAACUGAGUGCACCUAACAAGGGAGAAAACAACGGAAACAUGUCUGAAAGACUUUUACUCUGCGCUGUUUUGGCCGUGUGCCACUGGACGCAAACUUGCACUGGAUUUAAUAUAGAUGAACGGUUUCCUGUGAUCAAAGAGGGGAAAACCAGGGGGAGCUUGUUUGGGUUCUCUGUGGCUUUGCAUGAGCAGACGGUGGGCUCCAGACAGUAUCUGCUUCUUAUAGGUGCGCCCAAAGAAAAAGCACAAUCUCUACCGAAAGUCAAUGAAACAGGCGCCGUCUACUUCUGUCCCAUUACCACCGACACCACUGACUGCUCCAGAAUGGACCUGGUUACCUCGACAACUACCUCUGAGAUUGUGGAGGGCAUGUGGUUGGGUGUGACAGUGUCCAGUCAGAAGGGCCAGCCAGAUGGACGCGUGUUGGCAUGCGGACAUCGAUAUGUGAAGGUAAUGUCAGAGAAUCAGUGGCGGAUGUUAGGAAAAUGUUAUGUAAGGAGUAAUGACCUGACCUUUGACCAAGAGGAUCAGUGGCAGGAUGAAAAUUAUGACGUCUGCAAUCCCAACAACGACCACAACUUGGACGGCAUGUGCAACAUGGGCAUUUCAGGCGGUAUAUCGGAAACUGAUGUCUAUUUAGGCUCUCCGGGCAGCUACAAUUGGCAAGGAGAUGCUCAUGUGAUACGGAUAGAUCCACAAAACCCCUGGAACUAUGCUGACAAAAGCUUUGAAAGUCUAGAGAAAGCAUAUAGUUAUAUAGGUUAUUCAGUUCUCGAAGAAAAGAAGCUCCUGAGCUAUGAUGACUCGACAGUUGUGACAGGGGCUCCCAGAUAUGAGUCUAAGGGUGCUGUGAUUUUUUCAAAUAAAACUCAACCAAAGCUUUUGUUGGAGCAGAUCAUCCUUGGGGAACAAGUGGGUUCCUACUUUGGAAACAGCCUGGCAGUGACAGAUCUGAACAAUGACAGUUGGAAUGACCUGAUUGUGGGUGCCCCCUUUUACUUUGACCGUAAGAAUGAAGUGGGGGGAGCAGUGUACAUUUUCAUGAACGAGAAUGGAUUUUUCCAGAAGACCGCCUCAAUGGUUUUGAAGGGCCCAUCUGAUUCUGCCUUUGGCCUUGCACUGGCCGCCAUUGGCGACAUCAACCAAGACGGAUUCCAAGACUUUGCUGUUGGAGCGCCAUUCCACCAGACAGGAAUGGUCUACAUAUGGAUGGGAAGCAAAAAGGGAAUAUCAAGGGAGCCUAGUCAGACCAUUAUGGGUGGGACGUUUGGUGAAAAAUUCCAGACCUUCGGCUACUCCAUCAGCGGAGGGAUGGACGUAGAUGAUAACAGUUACCCUGAUAUAUUAGUUGGCUCUCUGGAUGAUCACAUUGCCCUCCUCAGAGCUCGACCGGUUGUGCACUUAACCCAAGACUUCACUGUCGAGCCUAAGAUUGUGGACGAUAAAAUGUGCUCUGGAGAUAAACCAUGCAUUACAGCUACUCUGUGCAUGUCUUUCACUCUAAGCACCGGAAAUACAAAUUUCAAGAAACCUGUCAUGGUGACGUAUAUAGUAGAGGCCGACAGGGAGAGAAGAGGAAGCUCUCGUGUUCGUUUUCAGAAUGACAUCAACACUUACACUGGCAACCUGACCAUGACAUCUUCCAAAACUGCGUGUGAAACUCUCAAGCUGUUUGUAGUCGAACCUGUGAGGGACAAACUGGAACCAGUGGUCUUUUUCCUCAACUUCUCACUAUACGAACCAAUACCUAGAGCCAGACGAGCCCCACAGAACCUGGACUUCUUCCCAAUUUUGAGCCCAGAGCAGAAAUCCAGCCGAAGAACUGAGAUUCACUUUCAAAAGGCGUGUGGCUCAGACAACAAAUGUACCAGUAACCUGCAACUAACAGCAAAGUUUGUUGAAGAAAAUGAAGAAAAGCCUUUUCCCAGUCAGGGCAAAGUUCAAGUGCUCCAGUUCAACAGCUCCAUAAAGAAAAUAGGGCUCGCGGUAAACGUUACCAACUAUCAAUCUGAAGGGAAGCUAGCUGAAGACGCCCACAGAGUCGUGCUCAAUGUCACUAUCCCUGAUGUGCUGAAAUAUGCCAGUGUCAGUUCUUUGAAUAACAAAGUUGAGUGCACUCUUCUUGAUACAGUCAUUUGUGAGGUGGGGAAUCCAAUUAGCAGAAACGAAAAGGUGUCUUUCCUGCUCAAGUUUGAGACCUCAGGAAUCACCCUACACACACGAAAGAUUGAGUGUCAGCUGCUGUUGUCAACUCUUAGUGAGCAGAGUGACCUAACGCCUGUUCCUAUGGCCUUGCUGAUUGAAAACACCAUUAAUCCAGUCUUCAGCUUCUUAUCCAGUGAAAAGUCACAGGUGGAAACAGUAAAGUUUGGUGGGACAGUGAUGGGCGAGUCAGCCAUGGUCAACACAAGUGACGUGGGCAGUCUGGUGGAGUUCACCUUUACUAUGAACACAAUGGGACAAUCGCUGCAAGACAUAGCAACCCUGGCUGUGGAGUUUGAGUGGCCCUGUGAGGUAGCAAACGGCAAGUGGUUGCUGUACCUGACGAAGAUUGUUGUUCAGGGGGAUUCUGAAACGGAGUGUAAACCUCCUGGGAAUGUGGUCAACAUGCUUAACCUAACUUUGUCAGAGAGAAGACCUAAGCGUACUAAGCGACAGAUUAGAGUUGAAGGUGAGAAUGACGUGACCCAUUCAAAUAUUAUUGAGCCACAGGCAGCAGUCACACUGUCUUCUACUCCCAAAAAGAGGUACCAGUUGGAUUGCUCCAAGGGGACAGCAAAGUGUGUGACGUUUACCUGCCCGCUGCUCAAUGUUUCGAAUUCAGCCACGAUUUAUGUCCGAUCCCGGUUGUGGAAUAGUACAAUGUUAGAGGACUAUUCUGAUGCAUUUGUAGUUGAAGUUAAAGGCCAAGCCACACUGAAGCUUAUUAAUAAUCAAUCAAACAUCAAGAUGGAGAGUCAGACGGCCUUGUUCAAAGUACAAAUAGAACCAGAGGAAAGGGUGGAGACGCCCUAUGAGCUUCCCCUGUGGAUCAUCAUCUCUGCAGCUGUAGCAGGAAUUGCACUGCUAGGAAUCAUCAUUCUUAUACUAUGGAAGUGUGGCUUCUUCCAGAGAGCCAGCAGGAGGGAGAUGUAUGAGGCCAAGGCCCAGAAGGCUGAGAUGAAGAUCCAGCCCUCUGAGACAGAGAGGCUAACUGAGGACUACUGAGGCCCCAUGUCUCCCAACAGCAUACACCAUUGGGGCUUUUGGCUUGGCUUCUUCAAGCGAGCCAUCUACUACAGAAUAAUGCCAAAACACCAGGGAGUGAA